AUGUACUUUGAUGGAGCUUCACAUAGAGAAGGGGCAGGUGUUGGAGUUGUCUUCGUCACUCCAGAAGGCGAGGUGUUGCCAUAUUCAUUCACCUUAACCGAGCAAUGUUCAAACAACGUUGCUGAGUAUCAAGCAUUGAUACUUGGGCUCGAGAUAGCGGCUGACAUGAAGCAACUGAGAAUUAACAUUUAUGGAGAUUCAAAGUUGAUCAUAAACCAAGUGUUGGGUCUAUAUGAAGUGAAAAAGGCGGAGCUAGUCCCAUAUAACAACUAUGCCAAGAUACUCAUGCAAUGGUUAGGGGACGUCACAAUUGAACAUGUACCGAGGAAAGAAAACAAGCAAGCUGACGCCUUAGCCGCAUUGGCUUCAACUAUUGCUCAUCCUGCAGCCCGAAUACAAGUAUGUCAAAGGUGGGUGGUUCCACCAAUCUUUAAUGAAGACGGCUCAGUUGAUGAAACUGUUGAACUCCCUACUACCUCAGUGUAUGAUAUAGGCAAAGACGACUGGAGGCAACCGUUAAUUGACUACCUCACUGAUGGAAAGUUACCUGAAGAUCCCCGUAAAAGGGUGGAUAUAAAGCGUCGAACUCCUCGCUUCAUCUACUAUAAAGAAACAUUGUAUCGUCGUUCCUUUGAUGGAAUAUUUCUCCGAUGUCUAGGGGAAGAGGAAGCUUUACAAGCUAUGCAAGAAGCUCAUUCUGGGGUUUGCGGUGCACAUCAAUCCGGUCCCAAGUUGCAUUUCCACAUUAAGCGAAUGGGAUAUUAUUGGCCUGCAAUGGUAAAGGAUUGCAUAGACUAUGCUCGAAGAUGCCAAGCUUGUCAAUAUCAUGCAAACUUUAUCCAUCAACCACCAGAACCUCUGCACCUAACAGUUGCAUCUUGGCCAUUUGAUGCUUGGGGACUUGAUGUGGUUGGCCCAAUUACGCCUAAGUCAUCUGCAGGGCAUGCCUACAUAUUAGCUGCCACCGAUUACUUUUCAAAGUGGGCGGAAGCCGUGGCAUUGAAGGAGAAAGUGGUCUCCAAAUCGAAAAGAGACUGGCAUGACAGAAUGGAAGAAGCUUUGUGGGCGUAUAGAACCACAUACCGUACACCUACUCAAAGCACUCCAUACUCUUUGGUGUAUGGUGUAGAAGCGGUCCUACCUCUAGAACGUCAAAUACCUUCCUUAAGGUUGGCUAUACAGGAGGGUCUUACUGAUGAAGAAAAUGCUAAGCUACGCUUGGCUGAGUUAGAAGCCUUGGAUGAGAAACGGCUGCAAGCGCAACAAAGCCUGGAGCCCAUCAUCGUCACGAGAAAAACUGGUCACAAGUUCACUUCAAAGUGGGAUGGUCCCUACGUGAUUCUAGAAGUUUACACCGGUGGGGCUUACAAGUUGAUUAGUGAAGAUGGUUUGAAGAUCGGUCCAAUCAAUGGAAGGUUCCUAAAGCUUUACCACCCUUAA